AAGCCGAGCUAGCGGCCUGCUGGGGUCCUCGCAUGCCUGUGCGUCCUCCCUCUUGCUCCUCCCGGUCAUCCCAGCUGCUUGCGGCCUGGCUUGACACCUGUCGCGCCGGUCCUCCCGCCGGCGUGCGGGCAGCCCCGCUAGGAGCAGCCUUCUAGUGUUUGCCCCCGUUUCCGUGUCCUUUUGAGUUUCUUUCCUUCUGCAAAGCGGUUUUUAAGCCCUUCUGAGCCCUUUGCUCUUUUGAUCUGUUUAUGCACUUGUGGCUGUUUGAAGGCAAACUCAUGUCGAAGCCUCCACCCGAGCCUUUAAAGACACUUUGGCAAUACGAUUUGGGAGAGAAUGCCGUUGCCUCUGGACCAACCUGACAGAGAUGUCUCUGCCUAGGGAAGCGGAGCUGCCAUUAGAUGGUGAAUAGCUUUAUGGACUAGAUCUUCUGUACAGUUACUUGUCCUGAAUAUUUAAGAAGAGAUCAUAUUACUAGAGCUGGAUGUCUUGACAAAAGAAAGAAGAUAACAUUUGGAAAUGAGAGGUGGUAGAGAUCUUACUUUUUGCAAAUAUCAACUUGGCCUCAUAAUCAAGAAACUUUUCAUCUAAGAUUGGUUCCUGUUACCCUGUAAAAUUUACAAGUUAGUGGAGAUGAACAGCACAUGCAAGCUGAAAAUGAAUUCAUUCUCCUGCCAAUUCUUAGUUUUACUUGGCUGCAGGCGGUUCUCAGGCCGCCUUGGGCAGAGCGGUGAGGAGAGGAUGCUGGGCUUGAGCGGGUGUCGGCGCCUUUGGCACAUCGCACAGAGGGGCUUUGCAAGCGCUCGCCUUAGCACCGGGACACACACACGGCAGUUCCUCCCAAGAGCCUUUGCAUGUUCAGAAUGGAGGAAGGCAUGGCAUUCAGCCCACUCUCUCGUGGGAGACAAAAAUAUUAUCCUGAUGGGACCUCCUGGGGCUGGGAAAACAACAGUGGGCCGAAUAGUGGGUCAGAGGCUGGGGUGCUGUGUGAUAGAUGUGGAUGAUGAUAUCCUGACCAAAACCUGGAACAUGAGCGUGUCUGAGAAGUUGCGGGAUGUUGGUAACGAGCGGUUUUUAGAGGAGGAAGGCAAGGCCGUGCUGAACCUGUCUGCGUCGGGAAGUGUGAUCUCCCUGACCGGUUCCAACCCCAUGCAUGAGGCCUGCAUGCGGCACCUCAAGAGGCACGGAAUCGUCGUGUUCCUGGACGUGCCGCUCGGAGACAUCCUCGGCCGGCUCAGGUCCAUGAAACUGGACCGGAUCGUGGGCCAGAGCUCAGGGACACCCAUGAAGGACCUGCUUCAGCUGAGAAGGCAGUAUUACAAGAAGUGGUAUGACGCUCGGGUUUUCUGCGAAAGCGGGGCCUCCCCCGAGGAGGUGGCCGACAAGGUGCUGGGCGCCGUGCGGCGGUUCCAGGACACGGGCGCCGAGACCUUCGUCUCCACGCGGCAGCGGCAGGCCCCGGCCAAGUUCUUCAGCGAAGCCGUGGUUGAGGGGCUGGCCCCUGACGGUGGGCUCUUCGUCCCAGAGAAGGAGCUGCCGAAGUUGAGCGCUGGAGAGUGGAGCAGCCUGGUGGGCGCCACCUACGUGGAAAGGGCGCAGGUCCUGCUGGAGCGGUGCAUCCACCCUGCGGAUGUCCCCGCCGCCCGCCUCGGGCAGAUGAUCGAAUCGGCCUACGGGGAUGGCUUCGCCUGCGCCAAGGUGGCCCCGGUCAGGCACCUCUCGGGAAACCAGUUCAUCCUGGAGCUGUUCCACGGGCCGACGGGAUCCUUCAAAGACCUGGCUUUACAGCUCAUGCCCCGCAUCUUCGCGCACUGCAGCCCGCCAGGUUGCAACUACCUGAUCCUCGUGGCCACGUCGGGGGACACGGGCAGUGCCGUCUUGCACGGCUUCAGCCGCCUCGCGGGGAGUGACAAGCGGAGAAUAGCCGUGGCCACGUUUUUCCCAGACCACGGAGUCAGUGAUUUUCAAAAGGCACAAAUAGUUGGCAGUCAGGGAGAAAAUGGGUGGGCCAUAGGGGUCGACUCAGACUUCGAUUUUUGCCAGGCAGCCAUUAAAAGGAUUUUUAAAGACUCUGACUUCACCGGCUUUCUGACUGUGGAAUAUGGGACGGUCUUAAGCUCAGCUAAUUCCAUCAACUGGGGCCGACUGCUUCCCCAGGUAGUUUAUCAUGCUUCCGCAUACCUCGACCUCGUCGGCCAAGGGUUUGUUUCCUUUGGAAGCCCGGUAGAUGUCUGUAUUCCCACAGGAAACUUUGGUAACAUUUUAGCAGCCGUGUAUGCCAAAAUGAUGGGGAUUCCUUUUCGAAAGUUUAUCUGCGCUUCGAAUCAGAACCAUGUUUUGACUGACUUUAUAAAAACGGGACAUUACGAUCUACGGGACAGGAAGUUAGCACAAACCUUUUCACCAUCAAUAGAUAUUCUCAAAUCUUCCAACCUGGAACGCCAUCUAUACUGGAUGGCCAAUAAAGAUGGACAACUAAUGGAAACACUGUAUAAUCAGUUAGAAAGUCAGCGUCACUUCCAGAUAGAAAAGAUCCUGGUUGAGAAGCUGCAGCGAGACUUCCUCGCGGACUGGUGCUCUGAGGAAGACUGUCUGGCUACCAUCAAUGCCACCUACAACACCUCGGGGUAUAUUUUGGAUCCACACACUGCGGUUGCAAAAGUGGUUGCAGACAGAAUGCAAGACAAGACCUGCCCAGUGAUCAUCUCCUCCACUGCCCAUUACUCCAAGUUUGCACCUGCCAUCAUGCGGGCUCUAAGGAUUCAAGAAAUCAACCAAACUUUGUCCAGCCAGCUUUACUUGCUGGGCUCCUACAAUGCCUUGCCUCCACCACAUGAGGCUUUGUUAGAGAGAACAAAGCAGCAAGAGAAGAUGGACUACCGGGUUUGUGCUGCUGAUGUGGAUGUCCUGAAGAGUGAGGUAGAGAAAAUAAUCCAGAGUCAAUUCAUACGCAAGUCUUUGGAGUAGGAUAGUUUUUCUGGUGAUGAGCAUGUAAUAAUAAAUCUCAAAAACUAAUUUGGAGUACAAAAGCACUUUGAUUUUUUUGUGUAGAUGUCUUUAUAUGUUAAUGCUGGGAAUUCGGUGUUCUGAUCUUGAACACUGAUCAUUAUACCUGCAUUGCUCCUUCCUAGGUCCUCCAGAAGUGACAGGGUGAUGUGGCACAGGGACCCUUGUGCAUUCAUGCUUCACGUUGUGUCCAUGAGGGAUAUAUCAGUUCCAACUUCUUCUGAACAGACGAAAAUGUCUGAUGUUCAGUUUAGCAUUUAGAAAUAUUUAGGCACAGUUGUUAAAUACUGCAUCUAAAGCCAUUUACUACGUAAUGACCAAACACUGAAUUUACUGCUCAAAAUAACUAGCUUGUAUAGAAGAAGUACGCUUAUCUAUAAAGAACAGGGCCAGCAUUUAAACCCGUUUCCAGCACCAUUUUGGGCUAGAAUUAUGUGUAUCCCAAUUUAAGAGCUGGUUGGUCAUUACUCCUCUUAGAAUGUUUACAGCUGGGUUGAUUAAGUUUGGUAUUUAAUUUCAAGAAUGUAGCAGUCAACAAACUACUUAGUUGUGGACACAGAAAUAAAAUUAUCUAUUACAAGUGAAAGGUUUUCCAAAAUUAGUACUAGUUCAUCUAAUAAGAAGUGUAUGUGUGGUUACAGACAGCCUUGUUCAACCUAUGAUUUGAAGUUCAUUCUUAUUGUCUUCCUUUUCAGCAAACCUUCUAUUGGACAGUUAAACACCUGCACAUUCAUGCACAUGUUUAAUUUGUAUUCCUGUGUACUGACACUAGAUGUUAACUAUGACUGACACUUGUGAAUUGAUUAGAUGUUCUGUUUCUAAAUUAAAGAUUAUCACUGAAA